AUGAGUCAACCGACAAACAAGGAUGUAGUAAGAUAUACUCUGCAAUCAUUUAUUGGGAAAACGAGAAGGGAUUUUGAAAUGGAUGACAGGCAGCGAGAGGCCAUUCAAAGACUCUGUCAGCUGAAGGAUGAGAAAUUCGAAGAGCUUUGUGAAGAUAUAGCUAAUGAAAUACACAGAAGAUCUGGAAUGAAAUACAACAAAAAUAGCAAGAUUCAAGACAAGUUCAUGAAGCUUUCGGACCAUAAAUUCAAAAAUCUGGUGAUAGACACAUUGACGGUAUUUUAUUUGAAGAAUCCUGAAUAUAAGAUGGAGGAGAUGCCUGAGUUUCUUGAAAACAUGAAAAUUCUCAUAGAUCAGUUGAAGGUAGACUCUGAAAAGGCUAUGUUUUUGGCAAAGCUUGAAAAGCUUAACUUUUACAAUAAACUGAAGGAGUUUUUGGAAUAUACUAGAAAACAAGGCACGGAUGAAAAGAUUGUCUCGCAUGUAAUGAAUGCUGUUGAUGGUAAAAUAUCCAACGAUGCUUCUAAUUUUUGUGAGAUACUUUCGUUUCCUAACAUUUUUCUUGAAAAACUAAAUGAGACAAAAAUUUUCAAGGAAUCAGAUUUUCAAAAGUUUGAAGAUCACAGAAAUAAGAUUCUUUCAACACUUUCCAACGACUCGAUCAGCUUUAGAGAAAAAUCAAAAACAAUAAAACAGGAGUUGAGAGAAAUAAUGUCCUUGGUAAUUGAAAAAUCCACAAUACCUGCAUUGAAGAUCGAGUGUUUCGAUGAUGAAAUCAUGGAAAUAAUAGGUCUUUUGGAUCUACUCAGAACUAAUAUUGAGAGCAGCGGUAGACUUGACUUAAACCAAAUAGGAGCUACCUUCUCCGACAUAAUUGACAGAAUUAUUGAAAAGGCUCGAUUUAAGGUUGAUAAAGAGUUUAUAUCCGAGAUUAAAAUCCAAAAAAUAUCUCUUGAAUCUCUGGGCGAUCUGCCAUCAAAAAUUGAAUCAUUUCAAUUGAUUAUUGACGUGGUCUGUGAUGUGAGAAAAUUUUUUCAAAAAAUUGAGAUGAAAUAA